CGUUCCUCUCCUCCUCCCUCCCUCACCAUGGAUUCCGCAUACAUCGCUCGCGUCAAAAUUGCCCACGCGACAAAUGCCGCAACGAAAAAACUCAUUGUUCUUGACUUGAAUGGAACGCUAUUUGCUCGCGUCAUCCGCGCUACUGUCCCUCCCGUCCUUCGGCCUGGUCUCAGCAAUUUCCUCGAUUAUGUCUUGCGUCACUUUGACGUCAUGGUUUGGAGCACCAUGGUGCCCAAGAGUACGGCAUUCUACGUCGAGCGGUCGUUUACGCCAGAACAACGUAAUCGCUUGCUGUCCGUGUGGGAUCGCGACGUGCUGAAUCUUCUGCCGAGCCAGUACGAACAAAAAUCCGUCACCACACACAAGGAUUUACGUCUCGUGUGGUCCGACACAGAUUUGCGUAAAUUCGCCCCCACGCCCGACGGCUGGUCUCAGGACAACACAAUCCUCAUUGACGACUCGUACAGCAAGGGCGAAUUGCAGCCGUUCAACCAAAUCCUCGUGCCUACGUUUCGGCCCGACAACACGCAGGACCACGUUCUCGAUGACGUCAUCCACGUCCUCCAAGAACUGCAAAACGUCCCGAACGUUUCGCACUACCUGUGGAAGAGAAAGUUUUCUCGCCAAAACUCUAAGUGA